CUGGUGUUGGGACAUAAAACAAUUAUUUUCGUCGAAUAUUAGAGGAUUUUUAGAUAAAAUGACACAAUUCAACUCUGCAACGAUUUUAAUGCCUCUAGACGAAUAUUACGAUAAAUGCGUAGAAGAUAAACCAAAAAUUCCAAAGAAAUAUCCAGGUUCAUCUCGUAAUUGGGAAAAUGACAAUCGCCAAGCUCCCCGUUUGAACAGUUACAAGGAUCUCGAUUACGUAGAAGAUGAUGAGAACUUUCUGUUCCCGAUUUCCCAAUCAAAUUGCAGUCAACUUAAAUAUGAAUUCGAAGAGUUCAAUCAGGCUUAUGAAGACGGUAUGUUUUCUACAACUAAAAAUAAUGCACAGGAUGCAGGUAUGGAGCAACAAAUUGAUUCAGCACAGCAGCGCAUGCACGAUCUUAAUUUAACAAAUCCCAUGGGUGCUGUUACCGCUAUUCAACAUCAGAUGCCAUCGCACCAUGUCAGUAACAAUUACAGUGGUGGUCACAUGAAUCAGCGACGCUUGACCAACGGCAAUACACAACGUGUUGGUAGAACCCGUGGCAUAUACAAUGACAACCGAUAUGGCCAAACAUACCAACAGCAUCGCCCAAAAUUGGCCCGCAAUGCUCAACAUUUUCAGUCACAGCAACAACGUCAAGUAAAACAGCAGCUGAAGAAUGCUUUUGGUACAUAUGGCGGCAAUGUUUCUCAUGCCACGCACGUCCAUUCUCAACAAGUUGUACAAAAUAUCAAAAAUGAAUUCCAAACCGGCAAAGCCACUAAUACUAAUUCUAACGGCUGGAUUUGUGAGAAUAAGCCCAAAUCUUUGAUCGAGGGUCAUAAAAUGUCCGAAUCUUGCACGGAACACUUUAAUUUUCCAAAGCCUAUGAUAAACAACUUUGAAAGAAUUGUUAACAAUCCAUUGGCCCCUAAGUCUAUGGUAAAUAAUUUCGAUCGAAUUAUUAAUAAUCCAUUGGCCCAUAAGGCACACGACUUGCCUGGCCAGCAUAUGUCAAACUUUAAUUUUCCAAAGCCUAUGAUAAACAACUUUGAAAGAAUUGUUAACAACCCAUUGGCCCCUAAGUCUAUGGUAAAUAACUUCGAUAGAAUUGUUAAUAAUCCAUUGGCCCAUAAGUCACACGAAUUGCCUGGCCAGCGUAUGUCAAACGUGCCUCAAUUUCCCAAUGCUUAUAUGGAAAAUGAACAUCACAUAAAUGAUAUUGGCGAACGGGCUGUUUCGGCCCCGGCUCCAUUGAGACUUGCUGACCUGAUGAACCUCAGCUUAAGCGAUUGCCAAAAUAUUGAAGGAGAAGUCGUUGCCAGGAAUGCGUUCUUCUUUUUAGAUAGUGUUAUUAAGAUGCAGCAGGAAUCAUCUCAAAAUGACUUUGGGGUCAUUCAACCGAAUAAAGAAGGAGUGGGAUUUGUACCGAAAAUUAAUAUCCGGAAUAAACGUUUUUAGUAGAAAGAUAUUUUCAAACCGAACACAUUAGACAUGAGUUCCCCAUACGUUAUAAGUUACACUAGUUAAUUUUAUUGUUGUUUAAACUUGGCAACUACCGCCAUACCGUGAAUGAUGCAUCGUUAUAGAAGAAGAAAAUUAAGUGAAUGGCGAACGCAGUGGCGGCGGCUUUCUCAAGCGAAUGUGUAGAAGUUUCCUACUAUUUGGUCUGAUAAGGAAGAGGCAGAGGCUUAUCAGCAAUGCACAACAAGAAUAAGCAGCUCAUAAGCAAGUGAUUUUCAUUGCCAGUACACGUAGUAAAACGAAAGCGGACGAAAAUAGAACAAAAAGCGAUAAUUUGUAAAAAGCAACACGAAUUUUGUGUACGAGAUGCCGAUGACAAUGUGAAAAAUGAAAAGAGCAAUAUAAUCCAAUUAGCAAGGCAAUUUUUCGGUAGAUCCGCGAAUAUUGAAGUGUGCGACAUGGUUCUUAAAUAACAACACCAUAACCCAAACAUACAUAUUCAAAUCAUAUUAAGCCACAAAUGAUUUAAGCAAUAAUAAGCAAUACAUACAGACACGCAGUAUUUACAAUAAUAAAGAGCUGAGUUUUCUUCACCCCGGCAACAACCAUUA